GUGGUCAAUAUACUCCUGGGAAACGCUGGUGUCCAACCCACGAGGACGGAUCGUCUCGGCAGAACCGCAUUGUUCUUGGCUUCCAGAAUGGGGCACCAUAACGUAGUUAGAGUCUUGCUUGCGGAUGGUCGGACCCCCCCGGAGGCCAAGGAUUGGCGCGGCUCAACAUCAUUGUUCGCCGCAGUGAGGAAUGGCCACGCUGAGGUCGCAGAGCUUUUGCUCCCCGCUGCCGGUACGGCUAUAGAGGAUCAAGAUGGCUUCGGCCGCACAUUGAUAUGGUGGGCGCGACGUACUGGCAACUCCCGGGUUCUUCAACUCUUGGUGCAGCAAGCCGAACGUACCAGCAGCCCUAUCCAUGGCAACGCUGCUCCUCCGGAGACCAUCUCUGCUCCAUUUAUUUAUCAAUCUGCUUGGUGCGACGCUUGCACGCUGAGCAUCCCGGAGAGCUGUGGCUAUUCUUGC